UUUGACGAUUUGUGAAGGAAAGGGAACUGUUCUUCUUCCGCCCAAAUCUCAGCAAAAGAAAUGAUUCUCGAGCCCUAAUCUCGAUCCAGAUUCACUUGCAAUCUCCUCAUCUCAAAAUCCUUUAGUUUACUCGUGCUUUUUUCAUCCAAUUACUCAAAGGGUGUUCUCCGAAUUGUUUUCUGUAUUAAUAGAGGAGAAGAACGUCGAGAAGGUGAAGGAACAAGAAGAAGAGUCCGAGCUGAAGUUUUCUGGGGAUUCUGUUUUGGAUUUCGGUUUACUUGAUCACUUCUGGAAACUUCAGUGUUAAUUUCGGUUUAUGUUCUAGAGAUUUAUCUGGCGAGGGAGGUGAAGAAUCUGAGCCGGAGGUUCUUUUUGUUGGAUCUGUAUAUGGAAUCGAGUUAUGCUCGAUUUCCUGGUCGGUUACUCCAGUAAAGUCACGGUGGAUGAAUAGUGCAAGUGGUUCAGUGUAAAGCUUGAUAAAGGAAUCGGAGCUUGCUAUGAUUGUUUCUGGAAAUUGCUAUUUCCUUUCUGAUUGGAGCAGGACGAUGGAAGAUGAAUGACCAGCAUUGACGUCUCUUCUACUAAUCUGAUUUUGCUAUUGUGAGCAACAUGAUGUUUUGGAGGGAACGCGAAAGCGUAAGCAAGGAGCAGAAUGUGGGUCUGCUGUGCGGGCAAGUUCGCGUAUUGGUGGUCGGUGACUCAGGUGUUGGAAAAUCAUCUCUUGUACAUCUCAUUGUCAAAGGUUCCUCUAUUGCUCGCCCUUCUCAGACAAUCGGAUGUACAGUUGGGAUCAAGCACAUUACUUGUGGAAGUCCUGCUAGUUCUUCAAGUACCAUAAAAGGUGACUCUGGGAGGGAUUUCUUUGUCGAACUCUGGGAUGUAUCUGGGCACGAGAGAUACAAAGACUGCCGCUCUCUUUUCUAUUCACAGAUUAAUGGAGUUAUCUUUGUUCAUGAUCUUUCCCAGAGAAGAACAAAAACAAGCUUGCAGAAAUGGGCAGCGGAGGUUGCAGCAACUGGAACAUUUUCUGCUCCUCUUCCUUCUGGAGGGCCUGGUGGCCUUCCUGUCCCUUACAUCGUCGUUGGUAACAAAGCGGAUGUCGCUGCAAAAGAAGGCACAAGAGGAAGCAGCGGCAAUCUUGUUGAUGCAGCUCGUCAGUGGGUUGAGAAGCAAGGCUUGCUUCCCUCAAGUGAGGAACUCCCUCUCACUGAGAGCUUUCCCGGCAAUGGUGGUCCCAUAGCGGCUGCGAAGGAAGCUAGAUACGACAAAGAAGCUCUGAACAAAUUUUUCCGCCUGUUGAUAAGAAGAAGAUACUUCUCCGAUGAAUUACCGGCAACUUCAACCUGGUCAAUAUCCCCAAUUCCAACAGCCCCUUCCCAGCGCUUAGAUGACAGCACAAGCGACGAAGAUCAGUUUUACAAAAGGCCAAGCUUAAAGGGGGAUCCGUACAAGUACAACAUGCUACCGCCACUUCCAGCACAGCGGAACCUCAUCCCGCCUCCCACUCUCUAUCCUCAGCAACCUGUUUCUACACCCGAAAACGACUACGCUUCCAUCCCGAGAUUUUCUCUUACCAGCGCUAACGAGACCAACAAUAGGAGUGCCAGGUCGAAGCGAAUGGACAUUAACGUCUGAAACAGUCAAAAUAUCCAAAGCAUUUUUCUUCUCGAUGCACAUCUAUAGAAAAUUCCGAGUCUCGGCGAGGGCAAUGGUAUGUGUCGCUGCGGCAUUUUCGCUGUCUUCUUGUUAAGUCGUAUCGGUUCUGUCUUUUUUGCCAAAGUUUGAUAUGGAAGGAUGGAAUUGGAAUAUAUGUAUCAGUCAAUGGAUUGUACAUUGUCGGGUUCAUGUAGCAGCAAUUCUUUUAUGCUCUUUUGUCAUGUAA